AUGAAGGAUGGGGUUGUUGUCGUGAACUCUGCUCGCGGUCCUGUCAUGGAUGAGGCGGCCCUCGUCGAAGCCCUGGAUAGUGGCAAGGUUCUUUCUGCCGGCCUCGAUGUAUUCGAAGAAGAGCCUAAGGUUCAUCCUGGCCUCAUUAGCAACCCAAAUGUUAUGCUCGUGCCUCAUAUGGGUACCUAUACUGUCGAGACCAUGGCCGCAAUGGAGGAGUGGGCGAUUGCAAACGUCCGUCGUGGUCUUGAAACAGGAAAGCUCAAGAGCCCGGUUCCAGAGCAAGAUAAAUUGAAAUGA